AUGGUACUUUGGAGCAAUUCGACGAGUUGAUGCUGAAAAAUUAUUACUACUAAAUGGUAACGAACAUGGCGCAUUUCUUGUACGCGAUUCCGAAAGUCGGCAAAAUGAUUUCUCAUUAUCAGUGCGUGAUUGUGAUGCAGUAAAGCAUUAUCGAAUUAGACAAUUGGAUCAAGGUGGUUUCUAUAUAGCUCGAAAGCGAUCUUUCCCUACGCUUGUUGAAUUAAUUGCGCAUUAUCAACGUGAGCAAGAUGGAUUAUGCGUAUUACUCAAAUUUCCAUGUAAACGAAUUGAUGUUCCACAAACGUGUACAUUUACAUAUGAUGAUCAAUGGGAAAUUGAUCGACGAUCAGUUAAAUUAGUUCGACAAAUUGGUGCUGGACAAUUUGGUGAGGUUUGGGAAGGUCGUUGGAAUCAUUCAACGCCAGUUGCUGUAAAAAUGCUCAAAAAUGGUACAACGGAUCCCAACGAUUUUUUAUCAGAAGCACAAAUUAUGAAAAAAUUGAGGCAUCCAAAAUUAUUGCAAUUGUACGCAGUAUGUACCAAGGACGAGCCAAUUUUGAUUAUCACUGAAUUGAUGGAUCAAAAUUUAUUGCAUUUUCUUCAGGGUCGCGGAAGAAAUUGUGGAAUAGCUGAAUUAGUUGAUAUCGCUGCACAAAUAGCAUCAGGAAUGAGUUAUUUAGAAGAGAAAAAUUUUAUCCAUCGUGAUUUAGCUGCUCGUAAUAUUCUUAUGUCACAUACAUUAUCUGUUAAAAUUGCUGAUUUUGGGCUGGCACGAUUAAUUCGAGAGAAUGAAUAUGAAGCACGUGUUGGUGCACGAUUUCCUAUUAAAUGGACAGCUCCAGAAGCAGCAAACUAUAAUCGUUUUACAGCUAAAUCAGAUGUUUGGAGUUUUGGAAUAUUACUUACCGAACUUGUUACUUAUGGUCGAUUACCUUAUCCGGGUAUGACAAAUGCAGAAGUAUUGCAACAGGUGGACAAUGGUUAUCGUAUGGCCUGUCCAGCAGGUUGCCCGGCAGCUCUCUAUGAUAUAAUGUUGCAAUGCUGGCAUAAAGAACCUGAAAAAAGGCCUACAUUUGAGACGUUGCAAUGGAAAUUGGAAGAUUUAUUCACCACCGAUCCAACAGAAUACAAAGAAGCUGCGAUGGCUUAUUAA